CUUAUUAAUUUUUAUUAAUAGUUUUGUGAUCUCUCAGGAAGGAAGGAACGGGAAGCCAUUGUCUCAAUUACUCCGUCCCCCUUUGAUCAAUCUCUACGUAAAAAGCACGAACCUUUAAACCCGGUUCUGUUCUGUCCGCACACACACAAAAGCAUUAAGAUCAUCCCCCUUUUGUCCGUAUCCUCUCUCUUCUCUCUCUCUCUAUGGGCAACGUGAACGCGAGAGACGAAGCGAACAGUAGCCACCACCACCACAACAACAACGCAUCUCAACUCGAAGACAACAACGACGGUGAGAUUCAUCAACCCAUGUCUUCUUCCGACACCACCGCACCUCCUCCUCCUGAGCUCAUGGGUCAAUCUCCUCCUCAAUCUCCUCGCGCCACUCAAUCUCCUCUCAUGUUUGCUCCUCAGGUUCCGGUGCUUCCUCUUCAAAGACCAGAUGAAAUCCACAUCCCUAACCCUUCCUGGAUGCAAUCUCCUUCCUACGAAGAGGCUUGUAACGAGCAAGGUAUCCCCACCAUGAUCACUUGGUGCCAUGGUGGUAAGGAGAUUGCUGUCGAAGGUUCUUGGGAUAAUUGGAAGACAAGAAGUCGGCUUCAGAGAUCUGGGAAAGACUUCACUAUAAUGAAAGUCCUACCUUCAGGUGUCUAUGAGUACAGGUUCAUCGUUGAUGGGCAGUGGAGGCAUGCCCCUGAGCUCCCUCUCGCUCGUGAUGACGCUGGCAACACUUUCAACCUCUUAGACCUCCAGGACUAUGUACCAGAAGACAUUGAAAGCAUAUCUGGUUUUGAGCCACCGCAAUCACCAGAAGCUAGUUACAGCAGCUUGCUUCUAGGAGCUGAGGACUACUCCAAAGAACCGCCUCUGGUUCCGCCGCAUUUGCAGAUGACACUGCUGAACCUGCCUCCAGCAAGCCCUGACAUUCCAUCACCGCUGCCGAGACCUCAGCACGUCAUCCUCAACCAUCUCUACAUGCAGAAAGGCAAAAGCGGUCCGUCUGUGGUUGCUCUUGGUUCCACUCACCGUUUUCUGGCCAAGUAUGUCACUGUGGUGCUCUACAAGUCCCUCCAGAGGUGAGAAAAGAUGAUAGUGCCCAGUUCUUGUAAGCAUGUGGGGAAACUCAGACAUGCUUAGUAUCUAAUUUCAUGGAGAAUGAAUGAAUGUGAGGCUAUAAUAGGAUAUGCGAAGAAGAGGAAGAAGAGUUUUAUCAUCAUCACAGGCAAAAAAAAAAGUAUUUUCCCUCUCAAUAAGCUCGAAUUUUGUUGUCUUUUAAAACUUGUCAAUAAGGUUUUUUAGCAACAUAAUGAAAGAUGCAUUAUUCAGUCAUGUGUAAUCUUUUUGAUUUCAAGACUUUUUUUUUUAUCA